CAGCAGUUUCACAUGUCAGCUUCAGCUGUCUCUCUCAUGCAUGCUGCGGUUCCCUGCCAGCGGCACAAACUCCGGUUUUAACCGCAUCUUUUCAUACAAGAAAUGGCUCUGAUGGGGAUCCAGCUGGUGGUCAGCUUGCUGGCCGCCUGUGUGAUGCAGAGGAUGGCUCCUCACUGCUCUCUGGCUCGCUGGCUGCUCUGCAGCGGCAGUUUGUUCCGAUUCAAGCAUCCUUCUGAGGGAGAGCUGUGUGCGUUGGCAGGAAAGCAGAUGCCCAAACCAAACAGGAGAGACAGGAGACAGAACGGGGAGAGCAAGCCUCUCACGGUGCCAAAAGACAUCGAACUUCACUUGGAUAAAGCUCCAGUAAAUGUGAUGGACGCUCUUGUGCUGCGUUUUUUCCUGGAGUACCAGUGGCUUAUAGAUUUUGCAGUCUAUGCAACGGGUGUCUUCCUUUUCACUGAGUGUUACUACAGCGUCGUAGAUGCCAGCAAGGAGGUUAAUAUCGGAGCCAUCUGGUGUGUCCUUACGGUUCUCUUUGGUCUAAAGACCCUUCACUCUCUGAUGAGCCACUAUUUCCGCUCUGAGGAUGGGGGAGAGCGUUCGGUAUGCCUUUCCUUUGGCUUCCUGACUUUGCUCGUGGCCAUGCUGGUGCUGGUGGUCAGAGAGGACUACCUGGAGUUUGGCCUCGAGUCCGGCUUUACUAGCCUGUUUGACAACUUGGAAGUCUUUGCCAAGCAGCAGGGUUAUGCUCAGUGGUCGAUCCCUGUGACCAAGCUGACGGUGAAGCUCGGUCUGGCAGCAAUCUGUGCUUACAUCGGUGCCCUCCUGGCCUUCCCCGGACUACGGCUGGCUCAGACUCACCUGGAUGCCGUACAGAUGAACUCAGGCCGCCCACUAAUCCAGCUUUUGCUGCACAUAAGCUUCCUGUCUCCAGUCAUUGUGGUGGUUCUGUGGAUCAAACCCAUUGCCAGAGACUUCCUGGCCAAUGCACCUAUGGGAAAGACUUCUAUUACAUUGGUGCCCAGUGCUGCAUUUGACAGUGUGCGUCUGUGGGUCAUCGUGGCGCUGUGUGCACUGCGGGUGGGACUGGUCCGAUACCACCUGCAGGCCUAUCUCAACCUGGCUCAGAAGUGGGUGGAGCAGAUGAGGAAGGAGGCGGGACGUAUCGCUGCCAUCGACAUCCAGAGGAAGGUUACACGUGUGUUUUGCUACCUGACUGUAGUUACUCUUCAGUAUCUGGUGCCUGUUCUGCUCAUCCUCUUCUCCACUCUUUCGCUCAAGGCGCUGGGUGACUUCUCCUGGUCUGCAGCUCCUGACCAGACUCCUGCGGUGUCACCGGCGCUGGUGAUGCCGACAGCAGCACCUGUGCUGACCGUUGGUGUGGAUGAAGAUGAGGAGGGGAUGGAGGACAUGGAGGAGGACAUCCAGGCCACAGUAGCUCGUCUGUCAGAGGCAUUUGCAGCACUCCGUUUGGUCCUCACUCCACUUUUCUUCAAGGGUUUUUUCGCCUUCCUCACUUGGUGGGUGGCUGCCUGCCAAGUCAUCAGCUCUUUGUUCGGUAUCUACUUCCACCAGUACCUAAUGCAGAACUGAAAAAAUACAACAAAACGAUGCUCCAGGACUCAACAUUUCAGUGUAGGACUCGUUGUUGCAAGGUAUUUCUGCAGACAGCUGAGGGGACAUGCGUAUAUUCACAGGGACAAUCACGAUUUGUCGGUAAAAGAUUCUCUGAUUGAGGUUGGACACUGGCAGUACUGACCAGCAGGGUACUGGCAUCAAUAACACAAAUACAAGGAAACAAGUCGGGCUUGUGUCGCACAGCACAUUCAACUUCUGGGUUUCAUAGUUUUAUGUCUGUGGAAAAUGCAGCAUUCGAAGCACAUUUAUCAGAAAAACAACCAAUGCUCCAAUGUGGGUUUGGGCAGGAGGCGUUCUGGCACAUCGUUUGAGACAGGUCACCUGUGCCAUGGAAGUGUUCAGGGCCUUUUUCUGGACUGCAAGAGUGGAAACCCUAACCGAUAGUGACCUCAAAUGUUAAUUUGAAAUUAAAGUCGGCAAUUAUUAUUAGGUGAACUAUAAGUUGCCUAUUAUAUUCGGAUAUAGAAGGAGCUUUAGGGUGGAAACUGAGGACGGCGCUUUGAGAAUCAGUUUUAUCCAAUGUACCAGUUUUAUGGAUCUAAAGUUAUGUUUUAAAGCUCCUCCAACUUUAAGUCAGGAGUAUUGGCCCCCCACCCCCGUUCACUUUUCAUUUCAUGUGUAAUUAUAGGGUUUUGUGGCUGUAAAAGGUCUGCAAAUAUAAAGUCCACAUUGCUGCUGAAAACAUCUUCCCUAAUCUGAUUUAAUUGCUUUCUCGAAUGUGUAGCAUUUUCUUCUUACUGAUCCGCAUCACCACGUUAUAUAUCUGCAGCAUGUGUUAAUAUCAAUGAUAGCAUAUUGAUAAUUAUAAGCUUAUCUGCUAACAAAAGCUGAUAUUUAGGAAGAUGAAGUAAUGAGCGGUGGAAACCGAAGGACUGUACGCCUUUUAAAGUGUAGGAUCUUCCUGCAGAAAAAUACUUCUUUCUUAGUAAAAAAAAAACAAAAAAAAUCAACCUAGUGUCAAUGACACUCGGGAGCUAAAGGAGCUGUUUCAGUCAAAUGUGACAAAGAAUGAAAAAAUGUUGCAUUUGAAAUGUUAUCAUUUAAUACUCAUUAAAAACGACACUGUUGAAUUCCAAGUUAAUAAGAAGCAAUAAUCACUUGGGUUGUGAUAAAUGGUUUAUUUAUUUAGAGAGUGGUAAAUGGACAAAUAGGUAACCAUGGUGAUUUUUACCCGGCUGAAUGUCACCCAGCAUGGCGAUGGUCAGAAAUCUGAGCUGAUCUGAAACCGGCCAGUCGUGCUCCGUUACGCAGGCCCGUUUCACCUUCUAGCCACUUUUUAGAGAAUCCUUUUCUGCAGUUUUUCAUGUAUCUGUGUUAAUUUUGUCUUAACUGUUCCUAAAGACUGCUGUUAAAUGCUGCAUUUAAGAUAUUUAAUGGUACCGGGGCAGGUUUUAGGACUUGCCCAACAGUAUGUAGAGAAAUGUUAUAUUUUGUAUGAAGGGAUUUUGUGUCCCUUAAAGAACCGAUUCAAGAGUGCUAAAGUCUUUUUUUUUUUUUUUUUCGUUUGUGUAAUUGCAUAGUUGAUCACAAAGUUGAUCAGGAUAGCGUUUAAAAGUGUGUUGUGGGUGUAUUUUGAUGUCUGAAAGCCAAACAUCGGGGAGCUGUUGCUUUGUAUCCAAAGUGCCCAGGAGCUCAGGGGUUUUUAGUCUUUUUUUUUAAAUAAAACUCCUCCUCUCCAGUUUAUAUGCAUUUCUUAAUUGUUUAAAAUGCUAACAUAGUUCUGUUUUCAAAAUGUUAUCUUACAAAACACUACCCAUCAGCAACAUUUUAAGGUGUUAAUUAGCUCCUUCAGGCUUUAGUUUGAGGUUUUUUGUUUUUUUAAUUGUCAGUGAUGUAGGUCUUACUCAAGACUGCCUAUUUAUUUAUUCAUGUUGCAUCGCCUCAUAUCAUUUGUGACUUAGAAUUCUUAACACUUUUGUAUUCUGUUUGUAUUUGUUUUUUUUCUUAUCAUUAUACUGUGAAAUGAUUUAAAAUGCUCGUUUGAGCUUCUCUGAAUGCAUGGUGUGCAGAACUUUUGGCUAUAACAUGAAUGCUUUGUGUGUGUGUGUGCAGCUUAAUAAAAACAUGUACUUUA